AUGUCUUCAACAGUCAAUGAUAACAACGUGCAUGGUAUAGUAGCGCCUGCUUGGGAGAGUGUGCGUGCGAUUUUCGAACAAAAUUUAGUCGAUGGACUGGAUCUUGGUGCCAGUUUGUGUGUUUAUCAUCGAGGCCAAUGUGUCAUAGACUUGAGUGGUGGCUGGAAAGAUAAAGAGAAGACAAAAUCUUAUACACCAGAAACACUACAGGUCGUUUACUCAACAUCAAAAGGAGUGAUAGCUGCAGCUGUGGCUUUGUGUGUCGAUAGAGGAUGGCUCGAUUAUGAUGCACCGGUGGCGAAGUACUGGCCAGAGUUCGCUGAUAACGGAAAAGAGGACAUCACUGUAGCUGAAGUGCUUUCUCAUCGAGCUGGCUUACCAUAUGUCGACCACCAACUGACAGCAGAUGAUGUAUACAAUUGGUCUAAUAUCACUUCUUUGUUGGCUGCCGAAAAACCACACUGGGUGCCUGGAUCAGCUCAUGGAUAUCAUGCGCAUACGCUUGGAUUUUUGGCUGGCGAAUUGGUGCAUCGAGUCGAUCCGAAGAAGCGUUCAUAUGGUCAAUUUGUCCGUGGCGAACUAGAUGACGGUUUCUAUGUGGGUGUAUCUGAUGACAAGAUCGAAGCACGCGUCGCUCCUCUCAUCAAAAAACCGGUCAAUACUAAUAUUGUCGCUGCACAGCCGAUGCCUCCAUUAGUUGAAAAAGCCUUAACAUUCAGCGGUGCUUUUCCUCUCAAUCAACCCGACGGUAAAAUCCUUUUUAACUCGGCUCGAUUACAUCGAGCUGAAAUGCCAGCUACCAAUGGUAUUACCAAUGCUCGCUCGUUGGCCCGCAUUUAUGCACUGCUCAUCGGAGAUAUUGGCGAGAAUGGAAUAACAAAAAAGCGCCUUGUGGAUGAGGAAACAUUGGCACGAGCAACCACCAAUGUGACACCUAUAGGUGAGCCCGAUCAAAACUCGUAUGGAUUAAAAACAACUUUUGCCAAGGGUGGUUUUCAAAUAUAUGGAGAGUUUUUCAAUGCAUUGGGUGAAGGUAUCUUCGGUCAUACAGGUAGGGGUGGCAGCUGUGCCUUUGGGUAUCCUCCACAUAAAUUGGCCUAUGCACAUGUAUGCAAUCAACUUGAUACCACAGCAUUUGCUAUUGAUCAACGUACUCUUCGUCUCCUCGAAGCGAUCAAAAAUGUCAUUAUUAAUUUUGACGCGUCAUGA